AUGAGGGGACGCAGAGCUUGGCCAGUGUCGUUGAAGGAGGCGAAGAGGCAUCGCGAGAAGGCCCGAGUUGCAAUGCUGGAACGAACGUUGAGAAUUAAAAACGACCAGCUGAUAACCCCGGGCCGUUCGGGAAUGUCGGCAUAUGAGACUUGUCGCUCAGAUGAGUUCACUUGCGCGAAUGGCAAGUGUAUUCAGAAGCGCUGGGUAUGUGACCAUGAUGAUGAUUGUGGAGAUGGCUCAGAUGAACGAAAUUGUCCCGAAACUACGUGCGCACCCCACACAGAAUUCAACUGCUCCGACAACAAUUUGUGCAUCACUUCACGUUGGUUAUGUGAUGGAGAUCUUGAUUGUCAUGAUGGCUCUGAUGAACAGGGUUGCGCGGAUACCAGUCCAAACAUUUCGCACUGCUUAUCAAGAGAGUUUGAGUGCAGUGAUCGUUUGACCUGCAUUCAUCAAUCUUGGGUGUGUGAUGGAGAUCGAGACUGCCCUGACGGUAGUGAUGAGGAUGCAAGUCGUUGCCCCAACCAGACUUGUCGGGCGGACCAGUUCCAGUGCCGCAAUCGUGCCUGCAUUGCUGGCCACCUUCACUGCUCAGGCAGCGCAGAAUGUGCAGAUGGCAGCGAUGAAGAGAAUUGCAUGUUUAUUCCUGGUCUCAAUGCUACUCACAAAGCAUUGCCAUAUGAUACAGAAGGGGUAGGCCAGGUAGAGCUGGCAACACCACUACCUUCAUGUAAUCCUCAAACUGAGUUUGAUUGUGGAGGUGGGAUGUGCAUUCCUCUCACAAAAGUGUGUGAUAAGAAACCUGAUUGCCCCAAUUGGGAAGAUGAACCUGGAGAACGCUGUGGUCGCAAUGAAUGUGCAACAGACAAUGGUGGAUGUUCUCAGAAAUGUGUAGAUACUCCAGGAGGCUAUUAUUGUGCCUGUUUACAAGGAUAUCGUCUUGUGGAUAAUCGUACAUGUGAUGAUGUCAAUGAAUGUGAACAACCGGGAGCCUGCUCUCAGAUCUGUAUUAAUGAAAAAGGUACUUUUAAAUGCCAGUGUGUUGAUGGCUAUCUUCGAGAUCCAAGAGAUCAUACAAGAUGUAAAGCUAUGGAAGGGCAUGCAUCCCUCCUCUUUGCUAGACGCCAUGACAUUCGUAAGAUUUCAUUGGAUCAUCAUGAGAUGACUGCAAUUGUUAAUGAUACAAAAAGUGCAACUGCAUUAGAUUUUGUGUUCAGAACUGGUAUGAUUUUCUGGAGUGAUGUCAGUGAUCAAAGAAUUUACAAAGCACCCAUUGAUGAGGGAAGUGAGCGUACAGUAGUAAUAAAAAAUGAUUUGACAACAUCAGAUGGUCUUGCUGUAGACUGGAUUUAUAAUCACAUUUAUUGGACAGACACGGGCAAGAAUACAAUUGAACUUGCAAAUUUUGAGGGCAAUAUGCGUAAAGUUUUGAUUACAGAUAAGCUAGAGGAACCUCGAGCUAUUGCUGUCAAUCCACUUGAUGGUUGGAUGUAUUGGACCGAUUGGGGUACUGAGCCAAAAAUUGAGCGUGCUGGGAUGGAUGGAAAUCAUCGACAGACAAUUGUUUCAUAUGAAGUGAAAUGGCCAAAUGGUCUGACACUUGAUUUGGUGCGCAAACGAGUUUACUGGGUGGAUGGAAAAUUAAAUGUUAUAUCUUCUUGUAAUUACAAUGGAAGUGGUCGUCGAGUGAUUUUGUACUCGCCAGAUACCCUCCAGCAUCCCUUCUCUAUUACAACAUUUGAGGAUUGGGUCUACUGGACUGACUGGGACAAACAAGCUGUGUAUCGUGCCAACAAAUUCACUGGCAAAGAUGUAGCACCAAUUACAUCCACACACUCGUUGCAAAAUCCCAUGGUUAUUCAUGUGUAUCAUCCAUACCGACAACCUGAUGGAGAAAACUACUGUCAAGCCGUCAAUGGGCAUUGCUCACAUUUGUGUUUACCUGCAGCUCAAAUCAAUUCACAAUCUCCUAAAAUUUCGUGUGCUUGCCCUGAAGGAUUGCAAUUGAUGCCUGAUGGUCUUAUGUGUGCUGAAGCUGUUAAAACUACCACAUUAAUACCAGGUGCAACUAAAUACGAAACAACUGAUGCAAGUUCAUGGAGCCCAAAAAUUAAAUCUUCCUCUAAAACCAAUUCCACCUCCAAAGCUUUUGAGGGGAAAGUCAAUAAGUCCACUAUCUCUCAAAUUCCAGCUGAGGACAAUGAUAGUGGGAUGGUGGCUGGCAUUGUAAUAGGAGUAGUGACUGUUGUUCUAAUGUUAGCAGCAGCUAUUGCCUAUGUUGUAUACCGGCAUUACUUGCAUAGAAAUGUGACAAGUAUGAACUUCGACAAUCCAGUGUAUCGGAAAACUACAGAAGAUCAAUUUUCUCUUGAAAAGAAUCAAUAUCAACCCCAACGAAUUUAUCCAGCAACUGUAGGGGAAGAGGCUAAUGAGCCAUUAACGAGUCCUGGAACCAAUGAUUAUGUAUAACUAGGUACUUUCCUAGUUGAAGAUAAUUUAAAUAUCUUUUCACUUAUGUGUGGUAAAGAUAAGUGUGAUGUGCAAAAUAGCAAUGUGUUUAAAUAUGGACUUAUUUGUGCUGAAAGAGGUGUCUUAUUUCUUCACUAAGAAUUUGGAUAGGCAGUGUGCGUGUGUGAGCUCUUUAGAGAGCUAGGGACAAGCGAGCCGAAUCAUUGCUGGCCUGGCUGCUUCUGAAUUCUGUGCAGGGCAAUGAACAUGCACUAAGUGCAACAUAAUGAAGAUGUAUGAUAGAGCCUGUGCCAAAUUUCUGUGAUCUAUUGUAUGUAAAUGAAAUUAUUUUAGCAGACUGUAUGAAGCUGGAAAGCAAGGUUGAAACCUUGUUUAAUUAAUGUAUGAAGUCAAAAUUUCAAGGGAAUAUUUGGGAAACUUAAGAAAAUUUGGCUUUUUAUAUAAUGGCGUGUGAUAUGUUAACCCAUUUUCCUUGAAGUUGUAAACAUUUUGUUUUAUGCUGUUUAAUGAGUUCUCUCUCUGCAAACUCAACUGGAAUCAGCUGUGUACAUAAACUCAGUGCACUCACGAUGAGAGACUACGUCAAGAUGCUUUGUAUGAAGAAAGUGUUUGAAUGAGCAGUGUAAAGGUUGAGUAUGAAAUUCUAAGUUGUGUGUGACAUGGUGUAUAAAUGUCAUUGUAUAAAUGAAGGUUCAUGCAAUGGGCUUGUAUAAAUUGUAUUGAAAACAUUACCAAUACGAAAAGAUUGAGAAGAAAAAUAUUAAUGCUAUUUAAAUGUUUUGUAAAUAUGUGGAUCAUAAUUCAAGACAUUGUGUCUUGAUGUGCAGGGCACCAAAAUGGUAGAUUUUGCCAAAUUAUCUGUGGUUGAUCAUUGUAGAUUGACCUUGCAAACAUGUAUUUGUGUGUGCGCCCUGAAUCUUUGUCAAACUAAUGUGCAAAUCUCAGAUCCUCUGUAGUUACAAUGUUCCUUAUUUUCAUUUUUUAAAUGAUAGUUUGAAUGUAUUUACAAUAAAAAAAUACUGUUUGGUUUUACUCACUACUGAAAAUAUUAAAUGUUAUAUGAUAUUUGGCUUCCAAUGCAUUUUUUAUGGAAAUGCAUGAUAGGAAAUGCAAUUAUGCAAGUACAAAAUCAUGAAUGUGAUGUUUUAAAAUCAUUUGUAUACUUGCAAGCUCAUAUUGUGCCAAAGCAUAUAUUCAAUGUAAAUAUAAUUAAAACUUCAUAUGUCAAAAGGCUGGCUGCACAAUUCAUGGUGAGUAAAUCCAAGAGUGAGACUGGAUUUGUAUGUAUGUUAGUGUGAAUGAAUACAUUUUGAAUUGAAGCUAUUUAGUACACAUUUAAUAAAUUGGUAAAUAAACUAAGAAAUGCUUUGAUAGAAGUGCAAUAUUUUCUUCAAGUCAUGUGGUAUUUAUCAAGUCAGAUUUGCAUGUUUGUUGCUCAGUCCUGUAAUUUCAUCAUAUAGUUUUCAUGUUUCCUUACAUGUAAAGUUGUAAAUAUAUAAUCAGAAAAUAUUUAUUUUAAAUGUCAUUAUUAU